UUGAAAUCAUUCUAAACACAAAUGUAACUGUAACUGUAACGUACUUACUACAACAUUAUGUUUAGAAUGAUUUAAUUUUAAUUUAAUUUAAUUUAAUUACGAACGCAACACAACGAUACGAACGAAAUUAAUUAAUUAAUUAAUAUCGAAUAAUAUUAUUAUUUAAUGAAUUUAAUAAUUAUACAAAUAAUGGAUCCAUAUGAAAUAGCUAAUUUUAUAACAAAAGAAUUAAAUAUGUUACAACAACAACAACAACAACAAAUUAAUUUUAUAUCAUUGGAUGGUUUAAGUAGUGGUGUACCAACACAAACAACACCAACAUUAACACCAACAACAUUAAGGAACAUUGAACAAACAUUUAUUGAAUUACAAAAUAAUGAAUUACAUGAAGAACAACAUUUAAAUCAAGCUGGUUUUGUACCACCAACAGUUGUAUUAACAACAACAACAAUAACAUCAAAUAAUAACAAUAAUAACAAUAUUAAUAAUAAUAGUUUUAUUGUUGAUAAUACUUCUUGUGAUUUAGAUACAACUGAUACAAUUAGUAAUAAAAGUAUGUGGACUACAAAUAGUGAUUCUAAUUCAAAUGAUGAUACAACUAAUACAAGUAUUAUGAUGAUGAGACCAACACCACCAAUAACACCAAAUAACAACACCACUAAUAAUAACACAGAUGUUACUACUUCUAGUGGUGCUAAAACUAAUAAUACUAGACGUAAUGGUGGUAGAAGACCUAAUAAAAAUAUUAAUAUGACACCAGAAGAAGAACAAAGACGUAACAUGCGUAGAGAAAGAAAUAAAAUAGCUGCUGCUAGAUGUAGAAAACGUAGAUUAGAUCAUACCAAUGCUUUAUUAGAGGAAACUGAAGGAUUGGAACAAAAGAAGAUGGCAUUACAAAAUGAAAUAGAAGAAUUACAAGCAGCCAAAGAAGAAUUACAAUAUGUAUUAGAACGUCAUCGUGCUAAUUGUAGAAUGCAUCAAUCAUUUAAUAAUAUAACAGGAGGUGGAGGUGGAGGUGGAAGUGUUGGUAAUGUUAAUAUUACAAAUGUUGGUCAUGGUAAUAGUAUUAGACCUGAUACACCACCAGAUAUAAAACCAAUUGUUUAUCAUUUAAUUGAAUCAGCUGAUGAAUCUGUUAUUAAUUGUACAAAUAUAAUGCAAACAACAACAGUAGCAUCAUCAUUAAGAAUUAAAGAAGAAGAAUCUAUAGAUACAGCAGCAGGUGAUGAUGAUGAUGACGAUGAUGAUGUUAAUAAUAGUGGUCUUACAUUAUUUACACAUCCACCACAUAUAAAUAAACAACAACAACAACAACAACAACAUAAUUUAAUGAAGAACACAACAACAACAACAUUAAAUGAAUUAAAUACAACACAAUUAAAUGUUAAUAAACCAAAUCGUCCAAGUUCAUUAAAUGUUAAUAAUAUUAAUAAACAACAACAACAACAACAACAACAGAUAAUUAGUAUUGCUGGUGUACCAAUAACAACACCAUCAGCAGCAUUACCAUUUAAUUUUGAUAGUUUAAUGGAAGGUGGUACUGGUUUAACACCUGUAUCUGGUCCAUUAUUACCAACAACAACAACAAAUAAUAAAAAUAUUAAUAAUAAUACUGAUAAUGAUAUUAAUACUAAUUCUAAAUUAGUUAGUCUUUAA